CCCAGUUCAAUGAACGACAGUCCUAUGGCGGUACAACCCUAGGAUCCGGGCAAUAAAGACCCCCGUUGCAGCAUUAUUUUUCACACAACUUGUCCUCAGCAAGUAAUAAGGGACAACCCUUAAAAGUGUACCAAAGGCAAUUGGCUUGCCUGCACAUCGCUCAAGUCGUUGAUAGAUCUAGUGGAUCGGGCUCCACCCUUGGCAACGCAAUGGCCCUCCAGGCUCACUCCCGCUCGCUGCAGCAGCGUGGCUCCAGCCGCGCCUUCUCGCAGUCUUGCCAGCCCCCUAAGCGCGUCCUGUUGGGCAAGUGCCGCGUAAGCACUGCCGAGCGGGGAAUUCAAGCCGAGAACUACGUCAAGCAUGCCCCGGUGACCCUGCUGCGCCCUGGCGUCGACACCGAGGACAGCGUGCGCGCUCGUUUCGAGAAGGUCAUCCGCGAUGCCCAGGACUCUAUCUGCGCUGCUAUCUCCGAGAUUGAUGGCAAGCCUUUCCACCAGGAUGCCUGGACCCGCGCCGACGGUGGCGGUGGCAUCACCCGCGUGCUGGCUGACGGCAACGUGUGGGAGAAGGCCGGUGUCAACGUGUCGGUAGUCUACGGCACCAUGCCUCCUGAGGCUUACCGCGCUGCCACCAGCAACGCCACCGUCAACAAGAACAAGAGCGAUGCUGGCCGCGUGCCCUUCUUCGCCGCCGGUAUCUCCUCCGUGAUGCACCCGCGCAACCCCCACUGCCCCACCAUGCACUUCAACUACCGCUACUUCGAGACCGAGGAGUGGAACGGCAUUCCCGGGCAGUGGUGGUUCGGUGGCGGCACCGACAUCACCCCCAUCUACAUCGAUGAGGAGGACAUGAAGCACUUCCACGGCACCUACAAGGCGGUGUGCGACCGCCACGACCCCGCCUACUACGAGCGCUUCCGCAAGUGGUGCGAUGAGUACUUCACCAUCAAGCACCGCGGCGAGACUCGCGGCCUGGGCGGCAUCUUCUUCGAUGACCUCAACGACAAGGAGCCCGAGAAGCUCAUUGCCUUUGCCAAGGACGCCGUGAACCACGUCGCCGAGGCCUACUGCCCCAUCAUCAAGAAGCACAUCAACGACCCCUUCACCGCCGAGGAGAAGGAGUGGCAGCAGCUGCGCCGCGGCCGCUACGUUGAGUUCAACCUGGUGUACGACCGCGGCACCACCUUCGGCCUCAAGACCGGCGGCCGCACCGAGUCCAUCCUCAUGAGCAUGCCCAAGACCGCCCAGUGGGCGUACGACUACGAGCCCGCCGCCGGCACCCGCGAGGCUGCGUUCCUGGAGGCUGCCCGCAACCCCCGCGUGUGGGUUUAAGGUGUGGGCCUAAGGGUUGAAAGCCUGAAGGUCCCUGUAAGCAGCUGCUGGGGCUUUUUGAGGAAGCAGUACCUGCCAUGGGUGGGUGCGCGACUGGGCUUUUCGGCGCUCUCUUGUUUCUCUUUCUCUUCUGUUGGGAUUGGGAUUGCAUGUGUAGGUGGUGUGUGAAAAUAGGUGGGCGCAUGUGCGUGUUGAGUGGUGAUGCUGCGUUUUGCGUGUGAAUGCAAGUAGCCUUAGGUAGUAAGCGCGUGAAAAUAGAGGUGCCGCCCGCAGGCAGCCGCCGAAGGGCGUGCGCUGGCGCUGGGUGUGUAUCUUUAGGCAUGGAGCAAGUGGGGAGCAGAGAUGAUAAUUUGUAGUUUUACCGCCCGGACAGGGAGGCUUGAUGACUACCCGCGUCCGCGGGGAUUCUUUGUUUACCGUGAACAAAUCAUGCUGUAGGACAUGCUUUAUGUAUUGUUACACAUCCAUCCUUGACCGAACCUUUAGGCACUGGAAUUGACUUUGCGCGUGAGAGCGUUAGGGGAUGUAUAGACCCUAAUGCUGCAGAUUCUUGGUUUUGCGGACGGCUUGGCGUGCUAUCUGUGAUGUCGUCAGCAACCGCAAUGGGUUUGUUGUCGAUGAUGCCUCCAGCCACCCCAGCCAAUGCUGCGUCGCUCGGGCCGUUGCUGCUGUACUGUACUACCGCCGUUUGUAGCAGUCUUGUGGUUUAUGGCCCCUGGGAGUGUAACUGUGGGUUUGAAGCAUCCCAUGGAUGUUUUGCCCACACAACACAUGUAACAAUACAAGAUAUAA